AUGUCAGAGAAAUUACCUUAGAUUCAUAAAGUUAAUAAAAGUGAUAUUCAAAGUCCAUUUCGUUAUCCUUCUGAUGAAGAAGUGUUUUUGUUUAGAGAAUAAGAUCGUAAAAAGUAAGAAGCUUAAAACAAUGGAGAUAUGCAUAUUUGGGACAAGAAAACUGCUACAAAUAGAACUUAGUUAAAGCAUUUCAAAGUAUAAUUGUUUUAUUACUUUUAGUCAUAUGAAACUUAAAUUGAUGAUAAAUUUAAAUCGAAAACUGCUUAUAAUGAUAAAGAUAAGAAAAUAAUAAAUGAGGCAUUAUAAAUCAUCUAAGAAAGAAAGAAAUAAAGAGCUAAAGGUGUGUCAAAGGAACCUAUUGUGACACUCUUAGAAUAGAAGAAGGAAAUGUUUUUAGUAUCAAAAGCUCAUGGAAUAAUUGAAGAAGAGAUUGAUAAAUUAAAAUUAAUGUCAAAAGAUAAGAAGGAAGCUUUGGAAUAGAGUUUGAAAAUGUUAGAAACUGAUAAUGAGAAUUUCUAAAAGUAUUUGGAUACAAAUAAAUAAUAAAAAUUAGAUGCAGAAUAGAAAGCAGAUUAAGAAGUAAAAGAAAAGAAAGCCAAAGAAUCUGAGAUCAAAUCAAUAAAUAUAAAAAUAACAAGUUUAAGAGCAGAGAAAACAAGGAAUGAAGAAGCUGUUAAUAAUUAUAUGGAUCAUAAGAAAUUUUUAGAUAAAUUAGCUCCAAAAGAAUGGCAUGAUGCAAAAGAGAAGAAGCGUUAAUAAUUAGUAAAUAGAUUAAAAGAAGAAUUAAUUAAAAGUAAAGGGCUAACUGAAAAAUAAUUUUAAUAAAUGGUAGAUAAUAAAAAGCUGUAAUAAAAUACAAAUUGAUAUUUAUUAGAGAUGAAUUAGAAGAAUUUGAAGAUGAAUAUGAAAUGUAUUUUAAAUAACCAUCAUAAUUGGUUGAGAUAUUUAAUGAUUUAGAAGAAAGAAAUUUAUUUUUAAUUUAAACUACUUAAGAUGCAGAAUAAAAUUUAGAAGAAUUGAAAACUAAAUUUAAUAAAAUAAAAAAGUCUCUUGAUGAUAAAGUAUUUACAUUACAAUAAAAUAAAGAAUAAUUAAAAAAAAACUAUGAAGUAAUUUAUAUAAUCUAUAUUUAGAAUGUAUGUUAAUAAAUUAAAACAUUAUAAUUGAAAGGGACAGAAAAGAAUGCUAAAAAAGAUCAUAAAGAAUUAAGAAAAUAAAUAAUUGAAGUUUGUGAAAACUUUCCUAAUGAAAUUUAAGGGGUUCAUGAUUUAUAAAAUAAAGAAACAUUGGAUAUCUUGGUUUAGAUAGAAUUACAUUUAGAAAGACAGUUGAAAUAGAUUCGAUCAUUUAGACCAGAUAGAGUUGAAAAUUUUGUAAGAAUUUUGAAUAAUAAAUAUAGAGAUAAGAAUGUGAAAGGGAUUGGAAGGUUAAAUAAAGGGAUUCAAAUAACUUAAAGUUAAAAUAAGAAGAGGAGAGAAGAAUCAAAGCAAAUCAAGAAAAGAUUAUGUAACCCAGUAAAAAAAAAACUGGAAGAUAACCAAUGUUUAGAUCAAAACCAUUUGAUAGAGUAAUAGUCUAGUAAGAGGAGAGUGUUAAUAAUGAGGAAUUGGAAGAUUAAAAAUACUUCAUGGAAUGA